AUGCCCUUCCCUAAGCUACCACCCAAUGUCGCCUACAUACGACUCUCCAACCCAGCAAAACGCAACGCUCUAAGUCUUGGCGUGCUGCAAGACCUCAAGAGACAGCUCACCGAGGCUCUCACAUCUCCCGUGAGCGGACAACUUCGCAUCUUGCCGCCUUUUCAAACUCGGGUCUUGGAGGACUUGGAGAAUGCUGUGCGUCGAGAUGAUAUGACGAGCAAGCAGUGGGAGAAGUAUGGUUGGCUGGUCAACUCGUCUGAAUGGAAGAGGGAGAGAGCUGGACUUCCUGAUGUGCUGGUGCUGCGCAGUGAGGGACCUGUUUUCUCAUCUGGACACGAUCUGAAGGAGCUUUCUGGGCUCAGUCAUGAUGAUGUCAAGCUACUCUUCAGUCUCUGUGCUGAGGUCAUGACAUUGAUCAGACGGAGUCCGAUUUUAGUCAUUUGCCCUAUCCAAGGUCUCGCCACGGCUGCUGGAUUUCAACUAGCCAUGGCAACAGACUUUCCUAUCGCGUUGGCGGAUACAAAGUUUGCCUUACCGGGAGCAAAGAUUGGGUUGCCUUGUACUAGCCCGUCGACUGCCGUUUCACGCCGGUUGCCUCCCGGGGCGACAUAUCGGCUGUUAGCAACAGCACAACCUGUCAAGGCAUCGGAUAUCCCAGGAGCAGUUGAUAUUGUUCAAGUCUCAGAAAAGGAUCAAUCGAGUGAGGCUAGCAGCGCGGCGUUUGAAACCCGAGUUUCAACCGUCAUCGAUCAACUAGCAACCAUGUCCGCUCAGCAGCAGGCCGUUGGUAAAUGGGCAUAUUGGACACAACUUGGCAUGGGAGCAUCUGAUGGUGAAGAAGGAGGCGAUGGCUUUGAAGCUGCGGCUCGUUGGGCAGGGAGAGUCAUGGCCUUGCAUGCGAAAAGUGAGGAUGCUAAGGAGGGUAUUGGGGCAUUCCUACAAAAGAGGUCUCCUGAUUGGGUUAGCAAGUCUUCAAAGCUGUAG